AUGGAAGGUGGAACUGUGAGGGUGUUUGUGUAUGGCACUUUGAAAAAAGGAUUUGCAAAUCACUAUCUAAUGCAGGAUGGCUUGCAUGGAAUGGCUAGGUUUCUAACAAAAGGUCAGACAAAGGAAGCUUAUCCACUGGUUGUUGGAACAGAUGCAGGUAUUCCAUUUCUGCUACCUUUGGAAGGCAAAGGAAAGGUACCAUUAUAAAAAUUGAAUUAUUUUUAUUAUAGUACUACAUGAGAAAUUUCUGCAAUUUGAUUGGCUUAGAGCAGAAGUAUUUCAGCUUAAUUUGAAAUACCUACAUGUGAAAAUUACGAAACCUUUGAAGGUAGUAGUAUAAAAAAAUAAUAGCACGAUUUGUACGUGAUAUUAGGCAUAAAUACCACUUGAGAUACUUCAAAAUUGCCUCAAAUUUCACACGCCUAACGACUCGGGAAAUUACGUAUAAUAAUUUUGAAAUAUCACUCGUGGUAUUUAUGCCAAAUAUCACUACAAAUCAUGCUAGCUACUACCUAUACUAAUUAUGAAUAUAUUACCUGUAAUUCUAAUAAAACCACGUGUAUUAUGUCCUUUUGUCAACUGAGUUGUUUAAAGAUAUCUACUGAAAAUUUGUUUGUCAACUUAGGCGAUGUGGAAACAAGGAAAUUUUUGUUUCAGUAUUAGCCUGGGACCAGCCUCCUUAGUGGACAAAAGGGCAGAUAAAGGGGCUAGUGUGAUUAAAGAGGCCAACCAAGCAGAGGAUUAAGGAAGGAAAGGAGCCGUUUCCCUAUCUGCAGUCCCUCACAGAUUUGUUUGGGAUAUCCAAAACACUGACAUAAUAUUAUAUUAGUGAUUUGGGUAUGGGGAAUUACCCAUAACACAGGGAUACCAAAAUCACUGUGACAGCACCCUGUUAUUUACCUCCUUUCUCUUCCAAGGACCCUGGUCGCGGGCUGUGCUUCACCCUGAAAAUCGUCUAUUAGACAAAAGUAUCUUUUUUCCUUAGUACAUUCUAAGUAUGCAUGCAUAUUACUGGUGCUAAUUUAAGUGUAGAUGACAUAACCAAGGCUGUGCUCUAAGACAAAUUAAAGGGGGCCCAGUGCUCUGAACUUGUGAAAUCCAGUGUGCCCAGCAUAUGAUUUCUGUGUAAAAGCAAAGAUUUUCUAGUCGCCCGAGAACAAAAGUGGGCGCCACGAGCCACCGGGCUCUGCUAGAGCACAGCCUUGAUAACACCAAGUCAAUGUCCAGGAAAAUAUCUAUUAAACAGAGCAAAAUUCCACAACGUACUAAAAAGCAUGCUGCCCUGCUAUUUGCUUGGCAACAAAUACCUGCGCAAAUAUAUUAAUUAGCUGAUGUGUUUUCUUUUGAACAGCAAGUUCAUGGUGAAAUCUAUGAAGUUGAUCAAAAUGUCCUCAGUGUGCUGGACGAAUUAGAAGGACCUAUACAUAGAUAA